UUUACAGCAACUGUAAAAACGAAUGAGUUGUUAUUGAAUGUAGCAUUGUAAUGCUUUCUCUAACAUGUUGUACUUGUACAGUGCAUCCAUUCACAAGCAACAGGAAAGGUGAGUCUCAUUUGGGUAUCUUUACCGUGAACCAGUUGAUCAUAAACACUCAAUAAGUCACUGGCGAGUAGUGAUGAUGGAGAAACGGCGAGUCAACUGAAUCAAUGGCUUCUUGAAAUGACUCAGUGAGUCGAAUCGCUCGAAUCACCGCUCUCUGAUGACACCCGGGGCCCUUUCUUCGUAUUUUGGUUGCUAUUAGAUAAACUCAACUGAGAUCCACGUGACACACUAUUAUAAAGAUGGCAUUUAUUAAAGAGGAGAGUGAAGACGUGAAGAUUGAAGAAGCAUUCAGAGUCAAACAUGAAGAUACUGAGGAACAAACAGACAUGAUGGUGCUGAAAGAGGAAAGUGAAGAACUGAAUGAAAUGGAAGAUAAAGAUCAGUAUAAGAAACAUGAUUUCAUAACUGGACAAACAUCAUUUAGUUGCCCACAGUCUGAAAAGACUUUCUCACAUAAAAGAGCUCAAAAUACUGGAACUAGAAAUCUUUUCACUUGCCAAGAGUGUGGACAGAGUUUCGAUCAACGAGAAAACCUUAAAGUCCACAUGAGGAUUCACACUGGAGAGAGGCCAUACAUCUGCAAACUGUGUGGAAAUAGUUUCCAUCGAAAAGAAAGCCUUACCAGGCACAUGAAAAUUCACACUGGAGAGAAGUCAUACACCUGCAAACUGUGUGGAAAUAGUUUCAUUCGAAUAGAAGACCUUAAAAGCCACAUGAGAAUUCACACUGGAGAGCAGUCUUACAUCUGCCCUCAUUGUGGAAGGAGUUUUACACACAGACAAACUCUUAAAGUCCAUAUAAGAAUUCACACAGGAGAGAAGCCUUUCACCUGCCAACAGUGUGGAAAGAGUUUCACUCAACAUGGAAACCUUAAAGUCCACAUGAGGAUUCAUGACGGAGAGAAGCCUUUCGUUUGCCAGCGGUGUGGAAAAUGUUUCAUUGAACAUGGAAACCUUAAAGUCCACAUGAGGAUUCACACGGGAGAGAAGCCUUUCAACUGUCAACAGUGUGGAAAAUGUUUUUCAGUAAAAGGAACCCUUAAAAGCCACAUGAGCAUCCACACUGGCGAGAAGCCUUACGCAUGCUCUCAGUGUGGAAUCAGUUUCACUCAGCAAGGAAGCUUUAACAGGCACAUGAGAAUUCACACCAGAGAGAAGCCAUACACCUGCUAAACUGUGUAGAAAGAGCUUCACAACAAAACUAAUCAUGAACUGUCUGGUGAGAAGAUGUUUAUGUGGUUGACGAUGGUUUCUCAUGCAGUACCAUCUCACGGCUACAAGGAUGCACACAUUCAACAGAGGUUUUCCGUUUCCCUUUAUAGACAGAUUUCUCCAGAUUUCCUGAAUCUUUUAACAAUAUUAUGUACGGUAGAUGGUGAAAGACCUAUAUUCUUUUAAAUCUUGCAUUGAGAAGUGUUAUUUUUGAACAGUUAUUGCUUGCA